AUGGCUGAGGAAAACGGGGAAGUUGCAGAUGAGAACGGCUUGGUUGGCAUACCAGUAUCUUAUGAUAUGGGAUGGCAGAAGCGGGGUAAAGGACACAAUUCAAUGACCGGACAGGGAGUAGCAAUGGGAUUAGGAACAGGUAAUGUUUUGGCAUAUGCAACAAAGUGCAAAUCAUGUAGAGUGUGCGAUCAUGCAAAGAAAAAAGGCAAGCAGCCAAGGAGACAUGACUGCAGAAAGAAUCAUGUUGGUUCAUCCAAAGCCAUGGAACCAGCAGUUGCAUGUGAACUGUGGAAUUCGGCUCCCAAAGAAAAAGUAAAAUUUUCAAUUUAUGUAGGUGAUGAUGAUACCACUACACUUUGUCACUUAAACCAGUGUACCAUAUGGAGUCGAGAAGUGGUCAGAUAUUGUCCAUGCCAAACGUUCGCUUAUAUCAAGGUUGUACAAUAUUUCACUUCGUUCCAAGUUUGAAAAUUCAUCAGCCUUGAGUCAAAAAGUUAUAAACUAUUUGGGGAAGUGUUUUACAUAUAGUGUUGCACAAAAUCGUGAUGUAAACAACUUAAAAUCUGCAAUAAAAAAUAUUGUUCCACAUGCAUUUGGAGACCACAAAGGUUGCUGCUCAUCGUGGUGUGGUUAUAAAAAAGAUCCCUUGACAUACCGACAUAAAGAUUUACCGUACAAUCGAGACUUGCAGGGAAAUGAAUUGAAAAGCAUACUUACCAGUUUGUUUGAUGAAUAUGCCACAGAUACAGUAGCUCAAAAGCAUACACCAUUUGCUAACUCGCAAAGAAGUGAAUCCUUGAAUAGUACCAUAGGAAGCAAAAAUCCAAAAAUCCGUUAUUAUGGUGGGAGUGAGAGCAAUGACUUUCGUGUUGCUUGCGCAGUUACACAAAAGAAUAUCGGAUUUAGUUACGUUGAUAAAACACUAGAUUCUCUUGGCAUAGAUCCAGGUGUCACUUGCAGCUUCCACAAGUCUACAAUGGACAAGAAACAACAAUGUGAUAAAAAAAGAAAAUCUUCAAAGGAGUAUAAGAUCAGGAGACAUCAGCUGCAAUCUGAGAGGAUCUCAAAAACUGCAAGGAAAGAGGCAAAAGAAGGAAAAACUUAUGAAACAGGUAUUGGGCUAAAUCUGGAAAAGGAAACUACAGUUACAACUACAGGCAACAAUACAGAUGUUGAUGUUGAUAAAAUUGUUAUGGGCAUAACAAAUAAUAAGCAAUUAUAUGAAAACUUGAUGAAACUAGUUCCACCUUUCACUGAAAGACCAGCAAAAGAAUACCUAAGUCAUGAUCCUGAUAAAACAUACCAGUUUGUAUUAUUUGACAUUGAAACAACAUGCACUGGCAAACAGGCAGAGAUCUGUCAACUAUCGGCAAUAUGUCAAAAUGGUGACACCUUCUCUUCAUAUAUUCUGCCCAAUAAUUCUGUUGGAUAUUAUGCAUCGAAAGUCAAUAAUCUCACAGUAGAAACCAUAAAUGGGAAAGAACAUUGUGCAAAGAUUUGA